AUGGGUGCAGAACACAGUGUUAGUCAGCAGAAGUCACACAAUUUCACAAGAGAUUCUCAGCUAAAUUCUUUCCAGUCAACAAAAAGAUCUGGUCAUUCUUCAUCUCUACCUUCUUCGCCUCGAUAUGAUUGGCGUCGUUCAUCAUUAUCGGGACUUGCUAGUACCUCGUAUUUGAACAACACUAACAAUAGUCGCAAUUAUGGUAGCUUUCAAAGUCCUUCUAAGCAAAAACACCAACAACGAAAUUCUGUAUCCAGUCUACCAAAAGAUACUUUUGCUUCAUCAACUGAGCUGGGUUUAGAUAUAAGUCAAAGAUCUUCUUCGACUAAAUCGUUAAAUUACUCCUCAUUCGACAAGUUAUCCUCAACGACUAAUCGUAAACAAGCUGAUGCCGGUAUACUAAUUGUCAAUCGUGGUCGUCAUACUUCAAGUCAUUAUGAUUUAAGUGGCAGUAGAGAUGGUUGCAACAAUCAUACAGAAUUAGGUCGAGUUAUAUUAAAGAAACUUCAAUGGAUUUCUAGAUUUGAACCAAUUUCGUCUACUAUGAAAGUACAAUAUCAUUCAUCAAUGGCAGCAACAAUGGAGAAUCAACCAUUUGCAUCAACCUCUAAAUCGAUUCCAUCAUUAUCGUCAUCAACGUCAACAGCAUUUAAAAAGAGACAAUUUAUUCCACAUGUUCCAGAGUUCGAUUAUGAAGCGUUGGUGAAAAUGUCAUCUGUCUAUGAGCAAUAUUUGCAUAAAUAUACUACUGAGUUGUCACAAAAACAAUCUGAUCUGAUCAUUAUAGAAAAUAAAAUUGAUCGAGAUAUUUCACAACUUGUUGAAACAUUUCAAGCACGUGAGAAAGGCAUCAACAAUAAUCAACAUUCCAUUAAUUCAAUAUUUCAAAGUCCUUUCAAUAGUCCAAAGAAAGUUAGUACAAUUACAAAUUCAAUAAAUGACUCGACGAAAUUAUCCGGAUCUCAACAAAUUGAGAAUAUUGUUUUAUUAACUAGUCAAAUUUCAUGUUUAUUAACACAAUGUGAUGAAUUAAGUAAACAAUUAAUGAAUUCAAUAAAUAAUUUAAAUGAAUUAUUACCUGAAUAA